AUGCGCACUUCAGCAGCACGCCCGGGGAAGGCAGACCCGCGACCCGGAAGGCCUUCCCGUAACACUCCAAAGCGGGCGUGAGGGGGGCCGAUGGCGGAGGGAGCGGCGGAAGCCCCAGCAGAGAGUGGUGGUGGUGGCGACCCAGGAGCCGUCCAGCCGGAACGGGGAGUGGCGCCCAUUAAAGCUCAAUACCUCACCACCAAGGAGCACUUCCACGAAUUUCUGGAAGCCAAAGGGCAAGAGAAGCCCAGCCAGGAAACUGAGGCUGGAGACACUGCUGGCAAUGACCUGGCUGAGCCUGAGGCCAAGCGGAUCCGACUGGAGGAUGGGCAGACAGAGGACGGGCAGACAGAGGACGGGCAGACAGAGGAGGCAGCCAAGCCUGAGGAGCAGCCACAGGUUCAGAAGAGGUCCCGGGGCCAGAACAAGUGCCGGCCCCACGUGAAGCCCACCCACUAUGACAAGAACAGGCUCUGCCCCUCCCUGAUCCAGGAAUCGGCUGCUAAGUGUUUCUAUGGUGACCGCUGCCGCUUCUUGCAUGACGUGGGCCGCUACCUGGAGACCAAGCCGGCUGACCUGGGCCCCCGCUGUGUGCUCUUUGAGACCUUCGGCAGGUGCCCCUAUGGUGUGACCUGCCGCUUUGCUGGGGCCCAUCUGGGGCCCGAGGGCCAGAAUCUGGUGAAGGAGGGGUUGGUCCAGGCCCUGCCCAUCCGAAACAGCCUGGACAAGGCCCUGCAGCAGCAGCUGCGAAAGCGCAAGAUCCGCUUCGAGCAUGCAGAGCAGGCUCUGCGCCAGCUGAGCAAGGGCCAGGUGCCAGGCCCCAGCCCCGAAGCUGCCAUCCCUGAGGUCACGGAGGCUGAGGGUGCCCCAGGGCAGGACAGCUGUGACGCCCAGCAAGCCCCCCAGGGGCCGGGCACCGUUUCCCCUCCCAGUGGCCCUUUAAGGACCUGCGGGCCCCUGACAGAUGAAGAUGUAGUCAGGUUGCGGCCUUGUGAAAAGAAGCGGUUAGACAUCAGUGGCAAGCUGUACCUGGCCCCCCUCACCACGUGCGGGAACCUGCCCUUCCGGCGAAUCUGUAAGCGCUUCGGGGCGGAUGUGACGUGUGGGGAGAUGGCCGUGUGCACCAACCUGCUGCAGGGCCAGACGUCCGAGUGGGCCCUGCUCAAGCGCCACCCCUGCGAGGACGUCUUUGGCGUCCAGCUUGAGGGCGCCUUCCCCGACACCAUGACCAAGUGUGCCGAGCUGCUGAACCGCACCAUCGAGGUGGAUUUCGUGGACAUCAACGUCGGCUGCCCCAUCGACCUUGUGUACAAGAAGGGCGGGGGCUGCGCCCUCAUGAACCGCUCGGCCAAGUUCCAGCAGAUUGUCCGCGGCAUGAACCAGGUGCUGGAUGUACCACUGACCGUCAAGCUCCGCACGGGUGUACAGGAGCGCGUGAACCUGGCCCACCGGCUGCUGCCAGGGCUGCGGGACUGGGGGGCGGCUCUGGUCACGUCUGUCUCUCCCGGGCUCUCUGGGUCUCUUUCUCUGUCUCUGUCUGAUCCUCUGCCUCCCUGGCCCCUCCCUCCCUCCCCAUGCGGCCACCUCUCCUCCAGCUCCACGGCCGUUCGCGGGAGCAGCGCUACACCAAGCUGGCCGACUGGCGGUACAUCGAGCAGUGUGUGACAGCAGCCAGCCCCAUGCCGCUUUUCGGAAAUGGGGACAUCUUGUCGUACGAGGAUGCCCACUGCGCCAUGCAGACUGGGGUCGCUGGGAUUAUGAUCGCGCGGUAAGUGUGUGUGUGGGGGGGGCGGGGGUCUACAAAGAACCAGCCAGGGCCGCCCCUGAGCGCCCGGCCUGCAGCCCCGGGAAGGUGAGGGCGUGUCUGAGCUUGUCCCCCACGCUGGUGCCCCGAACCUCCCCCCUGCUCUGUUAGUCCCUGGCUAGGGAGAUGUUGGAGGUGGCCGCUGGUGGGGGCAGGGGGAGGACUGGAAAUUUCUGCAGCUGCAGGCUCAGGGUCGUGGUUUGGAACUCUUGGGCUUUAAAGUUUGUGUGAGCACGGCCAGGAGGUUGGGGACCGAGGGUUUGGGGGUCUGGGGUCCUGCCACCGGCCCUCUGACCGCUGCCCGCCCCCAGUGGCGCCCUGCUCAAGCCGUGGCUGUUCACGGAGAUCAAAGAGCAGCGGCACUGGGACAUCUCGUCGUCCGAGCGCCUGGACAUCCUGCGGGACUUCACGCACUACGGCCUGGAGCACUGGGGCUCAGACGCGCAGGGUGUG